AUGCCACACAUUGUUCCUUCUGGCAAUCGGAAGGAGGAAAGCAUCAGACAGUUUACUCGACGCUUCAAGCAAGAGGUGGCCGAUGUGGAUGGUGCCAACGAUCAAGUCGUCAUCGCGGCUUACAAACAGGCAUACCAAUAUGAUAAAAGGGGUGUGUACGGUUCUUUGGUCAAGAGACCAGCAAAUAUUUUGGAAGAGUUGUACGAUCGAGCAGAAGAAUACGCUCGUGUAGAGGAUGACUCUAAAGCUCGAGAGACGAGAGAUGUCAACAGAUCAUCCAAUCAUCCAAACAAUGGGAAGAAAGAAAAAGUUGUACGAGAAAAUAAGCAAGGAUUUGAGCCCCCUCGUCCUUUGCCAGCAGAGACACGUGAUAAACGUGAUAGGAGAAAAUACUGCAAGUUCCAUAAAGACCAUGGUCACAAGACCGAGAAUUGCCGCGAUUUACAGAUCGAGGUCCAGCGAAUGAUCGACGCUGGAAAGCUGCAAGAGUACGUGAAAAAGGAUUUCGGGAAAGGUCUUGGACAGUUUGGCGCAGCACAUGUGAUUAACGCACAUGUGAUUAACCUCAGUCACGCUAGGAUCCAUUCAAUGACCAGGCGGGCGUCGGAAGACGAAACCAAGAGAAAACUCAGGCAGUUAAAAGAAUGGUACUUGAAAAAUCACAUCGAUUUUUUCAGUGGCAAUGGAACAGAAAUUCGGGAGUUUGGGUGCACAAAUAUCGAGUUCUCUGCAGCAGACAUGAUAGGAGCUUAUUCCUCUAUGAAUCUCCCACACGACUUGAUCAAAGAGGAUGAAAAUCCAAUUAUCGGUUUCAGUGGCGAAGUUACAAAGGCGAUUGGAAAAGUGAAGAUACCUAUAACAGUGGCUGACAAGUUCGUUCUAGGCAAUUUCCUGUUGCUUGACUGUAGAGAUCCCUACAAUGCGAUCGUGGGACGAGACUGGAUGCAUGAGAUCGGUGCAGUCACAUCCUCAUAUCAUCAAUGUUUGAAGUUUAUUACCCCUGAAGGAGUCGUGAAAGUUACAAGCGACCAGAUGGCCGCACACAAGUGUCACAAGAGUGCAAUGGAUGAGUACAAGAAGUCAGAAGUUAGCGGAAACCAAAUCAUGCGAGUCGAGAAAAAAUAG